UUACUGUUUUGUUUUGUAACAUUUGAUUUGUAAUUUACUGGAAAAAAAAGUUUUGUGUGUUUUGAAUGUCUAAUGACAACAAAGCCAGUAGUGGUGAUACUGAUUCUGGUGUUGAUAAUACCGGUGCUCGCAAACAUAGACUCAGCCUGUWUACAGCUGUAGUGUUUAUUGCAGCCGAACUGGCCGGUUGCGGUAUACUAGCCUAUCCMUAUGCUAUGGCCAAAACAGGUUGGUACGGUAUGAUAAUACUAUUGGGCAACGGUAUGCUUGCCUGCUAUUCGGGUGUCUGUCUGKCCCRUUGUUGGAAUAUACUUGAGGAACGUUAUCCAGAGUAUAGAUCGCCACAGAGAUCGCCAUUUCCACUGAUCGGCUAUCGGGCCAAUGGUAAAUGGAUGAGUUAUGUGUGUUCGGCCGUAAUGGACAUUACAUUUUUCGGCACACCUGUAGUUUUUCUGUUGAUAUGUUCGGAUCAAAUGGGAUCUCUUACUGAAGUUUGCUUAAGUCAUAUAACAUAUUGCGAUUGGAUACUCAUUUUAGSUGUCGUUUUGUUGCCGUUUACGCUAUUCGGUUCGCCGGCCGAUGUUUGGCCAGUGGCCGUYGYGUCAAUYGGUACCACUGUUUUGGGACUCUUAUUUCUGAUGAUMAACAUMAUUGUGGACGCAGUUGGUAAUGGUUCGGCGUAUGCGGUCACACACGACGGACCUAAUUUAAAAAGUUUUUUCUCUGGCUUCAGUAUCAUUACAUUUGGUUACGGAGGAGCCGCCGCUUUUCCCAGCAUUCAAACCGACAUGAAAGACAAGACACAGUUCCCGAAGGCUGUUGUCAUUGCAUUUUGUGUUGUCAUAUUUUUGUUUUACAUACCGAUCAGUGUUGCCGGCUAUGCCGUCUACGGUACCGAUGUUAAUGUCAACAUAUUGAACUCACUGUCCAACGGUUCACUCGAAAAAACGGCUACCCUAUUCUUUACUGUACACGUAUUGAUGGCCAUUGUUAUGCUACUGAAUCCGGUGGCCCAGGAGCUUGAAAACUGUYUGAAYAUACCYAAGCAUUUUACAUACAAACGACUGAUCACUCGGACAGUACUAAUGGCUGYCGUCAUGUUUACAGCCCUAUCUGUGCCCAGAUUUGGCAAAAUACUGGACCUAUUGGGCGCCUCAACCAUAACUUUGAUGGCAUUGAUUUUGCCGCCGGUUUUCUACUURAGUCUUCUACGGCAACAGUACGACGACCCGGUUUGGCCUAAAAGACAAAUAGACAGAAAACUCAAAAUAUUUAUGUAUAUAACAAUAGCAAUUGGAUUGGUAGCCGGCAUUGCCAGUACCUAUUUUGCACUGUAYCAAUUGAUCAAUCCCKMWGCCUUUACCUACCCSUGCUAUUUACAAUCUCAUGCAUUUUAUAAAUAA